AUGAGCUUUAAAAAAGCUAAUACAACGUCCAUUAUACAGUUCACGCUGCGCCUCAAGACGCUUCUCGAUAAGAAGAGGCUAAUACAGUCGAAAAAAUGGGUUACUAAUUCAAAGGCCCCAGCGAAUUUCGUCACCCUGUUCGAAGGUUUUCAACAGUUUGACGGGGACUUGAACAAACUUCAGCAAUUCGUCGAGGUCAACGAAACCGCCGUCUCCAAAAUUCUGAAAAAGUGGGAUAAAACAUCAAAGUCACGUACAAAAGAACUUUAUCUUCAUCGCGCCGUUGAAGUACAGCCGUGCUUUAAUCGAGAGGUUCUGCGAGAUCUCUCUGACCGAGCGACGACCGCAAGGUUAGAGCUUGAGGCUUGGGCGGAAGGCGAAAAUAUUCAGUUCGAUGCCUCACGCCUGGCUGAUCGCAUUGUUGCCGAAGAGGAUGAUUCCGACUUACAGAUCUUACAAACCACCGCUGCAGGUAAUUUUCAAACGUUGCGGGAAUGGGUUGCGAAGUUGCAGUCGUCGCCGGAUGGCGCGGAUCGACUCACACGUAUGUUCCUGGCUGCAAUUAAUGAGUAUCCCGAUGAGGUCCUUGCCCUUCUUCUUGGCACGGGUUUGGUGGACGUGAAUGCGGAAGAUGAUAUCAACGAGCGCAACUGUCUCCACGAGGCGGCGAUAUCAGGGCGCCUAUUUGUUCUCAUGGCCGGACUGGAGCGUGGGGUUGACGUUGCACGGUCAGAUGUCUACGGGAGGAUACCUCUUCACUAUGCCUGUAUGCAUGGUAGAGUGGAGAUGGUGAAACCCCUCCUCGAUGCAGGCAUUUGUACUAUUGACGCGAUGGAUCACGAUAAUUUCACCCCACUAAUCCACAGCAUCAUCCGGGAUCAGCUUCCCUGUGUGGAACAGCUCCUUGCCCAUAACGCUCGCAUAAACCCGGCAUCCGAGUCCGACCAUAUCCCGCUGAACCUGGCCUGCCAGCACGCAUCGCUACCAAUCAUAAACCUUCUCUUGGAGAGGAACGCUGAGUUACUCCCUGACGCAGAGGGUUUAUAUCCACAGCAUCUCGUCGCGAGGUCAUGUCGAGCUCCAGAAGUGCUCCUUGUGCUAAAGAGCCAUGGAGCUGAUCUCGACCAAAAGGACAAACUCUACCAAUGGACCCCGAUUUUCCACGCGGCAAGUGAGGGGUGCGUUGGUUGUUUGAGAACUUUAUUGGAGUGCGGUGUAAAUCCCGAUGUUUUGGAUGAAAAGGGAUUAUCCGCUAUGUACUAUGCUGCAUGGGAAGGUCACCUAGAGUGCAUGAUAUUGCUCUGGUCAAGACGGGCAGGUUCAAAACCACCACGGACACCGCUGGAUAUACUCAAUGGCCCUAGAUUUCGAGAUUCGGGGUCGAUGACUUCCCCUCUCCUCGCUGAAAAAUCAGGAGGACUUAAAGCAGGCGACGGUGGUGACGGCAUUCCUCUUCUAUCUCUACCACCCCCGAUUAUUCCAUUACGAAGAUACGGCCAUAAUUUCCUUGACACAAAAACAUUCAUUCAAAUAUACUUUGAACAAACGCUGUCCUCAGAACCAAUUGUGUUUUACCAGGCCGGCCGUUAUGCUGCUGCACGAUUGACGAUUUCCUCCAAAACCUCAGAUCUUAUACCCCGAAACGUGAUGUUACCCAUUCAGGAUGACGCUCGACUUGUAUCAUUCCAGAUCGACCGUCUGGACACCUUUGCUCUAGAGUUUGAAAUUUUCCCUACUUUUGGAUCCAAGGUCAUCGCCAAAACUGUUGCUUUACCGGAUGUAUUUAUAGGUGGCAGGUUAUCAGAGGGGAUAUGUACCUUACCUCUUUUCGAUCCCAGGUUACGAGCAAUCGGUGAGAUACGCUUCAAGUUCCAAGCUAUCAAGCCCUACCACGGUGAUCCGCUGGAGAUUACACAUUUUGCUACUUACUGGAAGGCGACAAGCACCCUUGAUUCGGAUCACAAUGGACUGGUGACUGGCUCGAGUUUAUCAGGCGACUACGUCCAGGUUUUUGUCCAGUUGACCAAGGACGGCGUUCCCGUCCUCUACCCAGAGUUCACCGUUAACCAUCAUGGGAUCGACAUCCCCAUCUGCCGCCUAUCCUUCGAACAAUUCCGCGCUAUCCACGCCGAAUAUCUGGCCCAAACCAGAUCCGAGGACGCCGCCUUGCUUAAAUCCCUAGAAGAUAUGACGGUGGAUGACAUGGCGCAAGCGCAUAGAUUAUUAGCAACGUCCUUCCUCUCCCUAAAGGAGGUCCUCGAACACCUCCCCACAAACAUCCACGUAGAUCUAUGCAUCCUAUACCCCUCACCAGCCGAAGAGGCGAAACUUGGCCUUGGCCCACUGGCGGAUAUCAACACCGUCGCCGAUGCGAUUCUCACAGAUGUCUUUACCCAUGCCAGAGUGUCGAAGGAAACGAACCCGGAUUUUAUGCGCUCGGUCGUAUUCACCUCGUAUAAUCCUAAUAUUUGCAUUGCGCUGAAUUGGAAACAACCAAACUACCCUGUUCUCCUUUGCAACGACCUAGGCCAGAUCCGCGACCUGACACAGGAUGUCAGCUCGCUACCCGUUAUCCGGAGUAGUGGGCGCUCGUCAAUGUCCAUUAAGGAAUCCGCGCGGAUAGCCCAGAGCAAUAACUUCAUGGGCUUGAUGUGUCGUUCGAGUUUGCUAAACGUCAUGCCGUCCCUCGUCGAGUCGAUCAAGGAACUCGGCCUCGUCCUUGUCGCCGAUACAUCUGACGAGAUCUUGGACAAGACCCGUUUCGGUCUCGGUAGCGGUAAACUAGCCAGUCAUGAUCGUAAUCAUGAACAACAAGGUCGUGCUGGUGCUGGCGUUGGCAUUGGGGUUGGAGUUGGAGUUGGAGUGUCCGCGGAAUGGGCGUAUAAAAUGCCCGAGGGCGUGAAUGGGGUUGUGAGAGGUAAUGGUGUUUUGCGAUUUAAUGAUACGAUUGAUAUGUGA